UAAAUCCGUGAUCUAACUUCAGUGUCCGCCCGCGAGCAUGCACCAAGGUCUCCUCCUGCCUCGACGCUCGUCCACUCAGACGCCGAGGGAGUAGCUUAGAGGGAGGAGAGAGAGAGGACAGAGAGAGAGAGAGGAGCGAGAGAGAGAGAGGAGAGAGGAGAGAGGAGAGAGAGAGAGAGAGAGAGAGAGAGAGAGAGAGAGAGAGAGAGAGAGAGAGGGAGGAGAGAGUGAGAGAGAAAAAUUGAAGACAGAUUUCAGCACCGGAGCUGUCCACGGCACUUGGAGAAGUCUUUAUCCCUGCCAAGAGGAGGAAGCUGCCUCCGACUGUAAAUCCUCUCUUUUGGGACUGUGAGGAGGAAGGAAUAAUAAACUGCUCUGCCAUUCAACUCUCCGCGGGGCUACCGACUGGCCAGGAAAGCGCACAUACUUCAUUCGAGCAAAGUCUUGCCAUGCUGGACGGCCGGGCUUAAGACAGAGAGGAUAAAGUGAGAACACAAGUCCGUUACUCUUUACGCCAUGGGAGUGCUUAUGUCAAAGAAGCAGGUGGAGAAGGUGCAGAAAUGCAAUGCUGUCGUCUCUGCCUUCCAGGCAGGUGUCAAGGACCGCCCCCCCGUCAAACAGGUCGAAGAUGAUGAAGCAGCCGAAGCUGAAGCCAAAUCAUCAGCCAGUCCUGACGAAAAAGACACAGAGGAGGCAGAGAAAGAGGACACAGAGAAUAGUGCGGGUCCGUCGACCUCCCAGCAGGCCUCAGCCAGAGAUGACUGUAAGGUCAACCAGGAGGCUUGGUCCAGGUUACGGGAUGGGAAAGGAGUGGAGCCUGAAGAUAUGGACAAGACCCAUCAGCUCACACCGCCUGCUUAUGUGCGGCCCAAAAGGGAGGCUGAUGAUGAUCAACCUGUGGAGAUUGAUCUGGAAAAGAAAGAGAAGCCGCCGAGUGAUGAGAUGUGUGACGUGUGUGAGGUGUGGACAGCAGACGACCUGUAUCCCUGCAGGAUCUGCACUCGGGUGUUCCACGAUGGCUGCCUGAGGGAGCUGGGCUACCUGCGUGCCGAGGCCCUGCAGGAGAUGAGAGAUACAGCUCACACUGUUACUGGAUGGAGCUGCUACUAUUGUGAUAACCUGAAUCUACUUCUAACAGAGGAGGAGAUGUACAGCCUUAUGGAGACCUUUAAGCAGUGCAAGAUCAUUCCAGAGUCGUGCCUGGUGUCAGAUGAGCUGCUGCAGUACCGCCACUUUGCAUCCAAGCAGCAGUUUGAUAAGGACUUGACUGAUGAGCAAGAAGAGGAAGUCUUGUCCCAAUUCGCCGCACUGGAUCCUGAGAAGAAGGGUCAAAUCGAAUGGUCCGACUUCCUCUACUUCGAGUCUCUGGGAGUGUUGAGGAAGUUUCGCACAGAGAACUCACUGGUGCGUCUGUUGACUGCCAAGGAGAGAGACACUGCGCGGUCAGUGUUCAUGGGUCUAACCCAGGAUAAAGACGGAGUGAUCACAAGAGCAGAAUGCCGUCAGGCCCAGCAGUCCUGGUUCAACAAGCUCAACAAAGACUCCCAGUCUUGCAAUGUGAGCAUAAGUCAUGUUGGCCCCAUAUGUGAGAGCAGUCCGGCCAGCUCUGGCAGUGAAAGGAGCAAGACUGAUGACAACAGGCCAGCAACCUGGGCAGACUUUCUAAAGGAGAGUGCCAUCUACAUUUUGGCUGCACGGCCCAAUAGUUCUGCCACGCACAUCCGUCUCCCUCUAUAGUCCAGGAUCCUUCACUGCACCAAGCAGAGAGCAGGAGAGAGAGGGAGAAUGUACCCUGUAGUUAACAGAUGAGUGGAGGAAGAUAGAAGUGAUUACACGAUGACAUAGGGACAGCAACUGAGCGAACCAGAUGAAGCACUGAGAGACAGCAGAUCAAGCCACCGACAGAAUCUCUCCUCCUCUGCAUUACCUUUAACCCACCACACGGCAACACACACUCACACCCUGACUGACACACACGACACGAGUGACAGCAGCUGUCACAGGACCAAACUCAAAAAUGUGAUGGCUUUCAUCAAAUAUGUGAGAGGAGGGACUAGCAAAGCAACCACCUACUCAUGGAUAGUAAGGCAGUUCUGAAAGUUGUGAGUUUAAAAAUCAUGCACGCAAUCUGACAAGCUGUUAAGAUUCUUACACUCCACAUUCAAGAAAAAAAUCGGCACUGUCUGGCCCUGCAGCUUCACAACAUACCUCUCCAUGUUGGUGCGUUAGCACGACAGCCUGUUACUCUUUUAAGUAUACAUUCCUAUGGGUGUCAUCAUGUUCUAAUAAUAGUUACAUAGUACUGUUAUGGGUUUGUGUUCUUUGCCAUUAGAAUUGUUAUUUGUACUGUUUAACAAGUGGAUAGGUUUUUGGUUGGGGGUAAACCCUGCAGCUGCCAUUAUCAGAACAUAUACCAUCAGGAAUGAAAGCUAUCUGCGUACAUUAUAUUAUAUGAGAACUGCUGUUCAUUGCCGAGUAAAUUAUUAUUAUGCAUUAAAAACCUGUAUUUAUUCUUGUAUCCUCUGAUAUAUCCUCUGUGUUACCUUUCUCAUCCAACAAUCUAUGUUCCUCUGAAGUACUAACUGUGCAAAAGGAUGUGAAGUGAAUGUUAAUGAAAGCUAACCCAUUAAUUAAUGUGUAUAUACUGCCAUAUAGUUCCUUUUGUCCCUGUUGUGUGCAGAGCUGCAAAUUGACAAGGUGGCCCUCUUGUUCUGGUGUCAUUAUUUGCACUUAGGGAUUGAAGACUGCGUGACAUAAUCACUGCAAUGAAACGGUAAAAAGCUACGGAUAAUGUGGUGCAAACAUUCAUUCUUUCUUUAAAAUGCUGAAAUGUGGUGGGAAUCCUAUAAUGUUGCAGUUUACACAACAAUUUAUAUGCACAUGACACUGCUCAUAGACUCACUGGAACAUACUGUAACAAAUAGAACUUAAUGUAGUGUUGAUGCUAUGUAGUGAAGGUUCUGCCAGAUUGUGAAAAAAGUAUGUUUAUGACAUGAUGGUCUGGGGGAUGUGUCACAGUGCUGAAAUAAAUGCAUGGCAUUAACUCUCCUAA